AUGUUGGCAAUAGUGUUUGGCACAAGCAAAUUCCACCAAUACAUUUACGGAAAGAAAGUUUCUGUACAGACUGAUCAUAAACCACUUGAAAUCAUAGUGAGGAAGCCACUCUACUUAGCACCAACCAGACUGCAGAAAAUGCUAUUGAAGAUUCAACCAUACGACCUUGACAUAAAGUAUGUACCAGGAAAAGAACUCCAUGUCGCAGAUGCCUUGAGUAGAGCACACUUGCCUGAAGUUGGCGACACAACAAAACUGGAGGAUGACUACGAAGUUCUUAGUGUAUCAGCAGUCUCUGACGAAAAAUUUAACAAGAUCAGCAAGGAAACAGAGAAAGAUCCAUCCCUGAAAAUUGUUAAAUCACUAAUUCUACUCGGAUGGCCGGACAACAGGUCAGAUGUUCCGUCACCAGCUUUAGAUUACUGGAAUUUUCGUGAUGAGCUUAGUGUACGAAAUGGUGUGAUCUUAAAAGGUGAAAGGCCUGUUAUUCCAAGUGCUAUGAGAUGUGAAAUGUUUGGAAAAAUUCAUGAAUCUCACUUAGGUGUAGAAAAGUGUAGGCAAAGGGCUAGUGAUGUUAUAUUUUGGCCCAAAAUGUCCAAAGAUAUAUCUGAUGUAGUGUCGCGCUGUGCUAUUUGUCAGGAAAACAGGAUGAGCAAGCCAAAAGAACCACUCAUACCUCAUGAAGUUCCAUUGAGACCAUGGUCGAAAGUGGGUGGUGAUUUGUGUCAGAUAGAUGGUGAUCAUUUCUUAGUUCUAGUAGAUUAUUAUUCAGAAUUCUUUGAAGUGUCAAAGUUGAAGGAUACCAGGAGCGAAACCGUUAUCAUCAACUGCAAAUCACAGUUUGCACGCCAUGGAAUACCAGAAUUACUUAUUACUGAUAAUGGUCCUCAGUUUGAUUGUCGGGAAUUUCAGAGAUUCACCAAGGAGUUUGGGUUCGAACACAGGACCUCAAGUCCUAUGUUUCCACAAUCUAAUGGAAUGGCCGAAAAGGCUGUGCAAACUGUCAAAAAGCUUCUAAAAAAGGCUAAACAAGAUGGGCGAGAUCCAUACUUGGCCCUAUUGGAUCACAGGAGUACACCCAGAGACUCGAACCUAGGAUCACCGGCACAGAGACUCAUGAGUCGAAGAACCAAGACUCUGUUACCUACAUCAGAAACAUUGUUGAAACCAGAACUAGUUGUAAAUGUGAAGGAAAAUUUGGAAAGUAAAAGAUUACUUCAGAAACAUUACCAUGACAUUGGAGCAAGGGAAGCAACUCCAUUUGAAAUCGGACAAAAUGUCAGAGUCCGAAUCAAACCUGGUAAUUCUCCCUGGAUACCUGGACGCGUAGUCGCAAAGGACACCACGCUCAUACAUUGUGAACUCACAAGGCAGGGCUUAUCGACGAAACUCCAAUCACAUUCUUCGGUCAAAAGAACAUUUUACCAAGAAACAGCUUGA